AAACAAAUAAUAUAUAGAUCUAUAUAAUAGAGAGAGAGAGAUAAAUACUAUUAUCUAUAUUUUUAUUUCUAGAUGACUUGACUUUACUUAAGAGUACGCCUAGGACUAGCCACUGGGUUUAGUGACUAUUCCAGACCAGUAGUUCCCAAACUUUUUUGUCUCGUAGGAGGCCUUGCCCUUGCAAUGUUUUCCAGUUUUCCCUAGACCCCAGCUUCACCUAUUAUGCAUUUUUGAAAAUUCAUCAAAUUCAAAUGUGACCACUGGUGUCUAAGUCGUAUAUAUUUAUUAUUUAAAUGAAAUGUGAAUUAAACAAAGCAAAAUAAAAUUUAAUAUGAUAAUAUAAUAAUACAUGAAUUGUUGAAUAAUGAAUUCACCAAACAGAACAUAAAAGCCUAUUAGUGGUUUGCUUUGAUAAUAAAAAAUUAUAUAUACAAUAUAGUAUUGGGCUUCAAUUUAGUUAGGUUUAAUAUUAAAAUGUCUUGGCUAGUUAUGUCCUUUUUUUUAUUUAAUUAGAAGAUUGAAAACCUUUCUGAAUCAUUAAUCCACUAGAUCUAGAUAUGAAAAUUGAAUAAAAAUUAGAUCUAGAUCUUUACAAAACAAUUAGAUCAAUUAGAUACUCAUUAUAAAACAUCAGUUAGGCCAGGUUUACAUCUAACUUCACAUUCACUUACACCUAUCCCUUGGUCUGCUGGACCGUUGGGACACCACACAGGAUAUGUCAACCUUCUUUCUCCAUUCUUCUUUGUCAUUUGCCUUUGAUAGAAUUUCAUUCUAAUAUUCUUUCUGAAAAUAUUAAAACCUGCCUUUUUACCUGCCUGGCUGGACCACUUUGGGGCUGAUUUUGAGUUUGUGUUUCCACACAAACUGUCUUUGUAACCUUGUUUUAUUUCAAUAUCACUCUGGUAUUAGAUUGUUAAGAUGUCUGGCAGUGUAUAUAUAUGUAAAAAAAACUUUUUUAAUUAUUUUUUUUUCGUUUUUCUUUAAUGUUGAAAAACUUUACUUCAUUGUACAGCUUGAAUUAUGAGCAUGAGUUUUGAAAUUGUGUACCUAAUUUAAAAAAAAAAAGAGCUACAAGAAAAUUCAGAGAAACACCGGCUCAAGAUGAAUUGUAGAUUUCCUCAUGCAAAUUCCACCAGGAGGUUAUUUUGUUUUCCUUGGGCUGGAGGAGGUGCUUCAUAUUACACAGCAUGGGGCAAACACAUUUCAGAUGACAUUGAAGUUAUAGGAGUCUGUUUACCUGGAAGAGAAACCAGAUAUCAAGAACCUUGUUGCUCAGAUGCAAAACAAAUUAUAGACUGGAUUGUCAAAACAAUACACGAUGAAUACUUCGACAAACCAUUUGCUUUCUUUGGUCAUAGUAUGGGUGCACUGUUAUCUUUUCUAGUGGCUCUGGAACUCAAACAACUUUACAAUAGAGAACCAGACCACAUGUUUCUCUCAGGGACUACAGCACUACAUUCACCUCUUCGGGAAGCUCGUAUUCUAAAUGUGUCCCAAAUGUCUAAGUCAGAAUUUAUUGAAAAACUUAAAAUUUUGGGUGGCACACCUCCAGAGUUUUUUGACAAUCCAGAACUGAUGGAUAUUUUUUACCCAUCAUUAUAUGCAGACUUCUGUAUGGUACCACAAUUUAAAUAUGAUCACAAGGCAGACCAGCCCCCUCCUUUGACAUGUCCCAUAGACUUUUUUGAUGGAAAGGAUGAUGUAGAUCACGAUAUAGAAGCUUGGAAACAGGUCACUUCUGGAACAUUUCGAUUUGAACAUAUGCCAGGUGGACAUUUUUUUCUCAAGGACCCUGAAAAUAUGAAAAAAUUGUGGACCUUCAUUGAUUUAAGAUACAGUCAAUAUAUGCUUUAGAAAUGAUUUAAUUUCUUGAAAUGGUGCAAUUAUUGUUACAUUUUAUGUUAAAGAUGACAGGAUAUGUACAAGCAGUAUAAUUACAACAAUGUGGUAAAUAUAAACUAGAAUUGAAACUGAACAUUUAUUUGAAUAGCAUCAUAUUGGUAUGGCACAAACAAGUAAAACAGAAAGAACUUCUACAAAAUCUGGGCUCUGAUAUGUGAUGCUCAAAGAGUUUCUAUGUGUGGAUGGUGUCAGAUGUUAUGCUUUUAGGUUGCUCAAAGUCACUGCCAGUACAUUGGCAUCAAUGUGUUGACUAGCUAAGUAUUACUGCUAAUAUUUAUAUUAUUUACAAUAGAUUGUAAUCAUAAUGUAGACUGUUAUCAUAGUCAAAAAUUUUCAAAAGGAAAGAACAUUUAUCAAGAUGAUUAUAUUUGUGAGUGGCAUUAUUCUACAUAUUAUAACUGUUUUAACCAUUAACAUUUUAUAAAGAAAUACAAAAAUU